AUGGUCCUCUUAGGAAUGGGACCCACACCUAAUAACUACCAGCUGUUCAUGGCCUUGGUGUUUGCAGUGAGGGAGAUCAACAAGGAUCUGGUUCUCCUUCCCAAUAUCACUCUGGGCGUCAACAUGUAUGACAAUGCCUAUUGGAGGAAAAGGGUUUCUUUGAUCAGCCUCUUUCUCCUCUCCACACGUGAUCAAAUGGUUCCAGGUUAUAAAUGUGACCAGGAGGACACUCUGCUCUCGGUCAUUGGAGGAGACAAUCCCAAAUUGUCAAUGCUGAUGUCCUCCAUCUUCAGCAUCUUCAAGGUCCCACAGUGGAACUGGGUUGGGUUUAUUGCCUCUGAUCGUGAGAAUGGAGAACGUUUCCUCUCAACUCUGAGGCCAAUGCUCAUGGAGAAGGAGAUCUGCCUGGCCUUCACUCAAAUGAAGGUGCCCUUUGCCAGGUGUGGCAUGAAGAGGUGCCAGGCAGGAGAGAGGAAAAGUGUCCCAGAGGGUGAGCAGGUUUGCUGCUACCUAUGUACUCCUUGUUCAGAUGGGAGCAUUUCUGAUCUGACAGAUGCAGCUCAAUGUGAUCCUUGCCCAGAAGACCAAUACCCCAACAAGCACAAGGACCAAUGCAUUGCCAAGAAGAUCCACUUCCUUGCCUAUCAAGAUCCCCUGGGAUAUGCUUUAGCUUCUCUAGCACUUUUACUUUCUCUGAUUACAUCUUCAGUUCUGAUGAUUUUCUAUAAACAUCACAACACACCGAUUGUCAAGGCCAACAACCGAGAUCUCACCUACAUCCUCUUGGUCUCCCUCCUGCUCUGCUUCCUCUGCUCUUUCCUCUUCAUUGGAAAACCCGGAAAAUUCACCUGUCUCUUCCGACAAACUGCCUUUGCCAUUCUGUUUUCCCUGGCAGUUUCCUCUGUUUUGGCAAAAACUGUCAUGGUGGUUCUGGCCUUCAUGGCCACCAAACCAGGAAACAAAACAAGGAAACUCUUAGGAAAACCACUGACUAUCUCCAUUGUCUUAGCCUGUCCUCUGGUCCAAGCAAUUUUGUGUGUCACAUGGCUGGCAGCCUCCCCCCCAUUUCUGAACAUGGAUUUCCAUUCCUUGUUUGAAGAGGCCAUCAUAGAAUGUAAGGAAGGUAUGAUUUCAAUGCUUUAUGCUGUCCUUACCUACCUGGGUUUCCUGGCUCUUAUGAGUUUCACAGUGGCCUUUAUGGCCAGGAAAUUGCCUGACAGCUUUAAUGAAGCCAAGUUCAUAACUUUCAGCAUGCUGGUCUUUUGCAGUGUUUGGAUCACUUUCAUCCCCACCUACCUGAGCACCAAAGGGAAGUCCAUGGUGGCUGUGGAGAUCUUCUCCAUCUUGGCCUCUGGGGCUGGUCUCUUGGCUUGUAUCUUUUUCCCCAAAUGCUACAUUAUCCUAUUGAGGCCAAAUCUGAAUUGUAAAGAGAAUAUAAUGAGACAGAAUUGCUGA